AUUUUUUUUAAUUCCCUGUAUUAGUUUCUUAAGAGUGUUGUGUAGGUUUCUUUGGCCUCUUUACCCCUAAAUCUUUAGAAACCCCGUUUAAGAGAGCUUGGCGAAAGGAUUGUAGCGAUGAGCACGAGACUGUGAAUGGUAUAUAAGUUUUACAUUGGAGAUUGAAGAGCUCCAUAUGCAUGAAUUUGUUCCUCAUUCUGCGUGUUGCAAAUACUAUCCAGUGACGGGUGACUGAAAAACAAAAAGCAAAGAAUGAGAAUUAGGGUAAAAUCAACAUUCGAUUUUGGAAGUUAGUCUGUCCAUUUCAAAUAGGCAUAAAAUUCCAGAAUGGUGAAAAGCAAAUAUCCUUAGAGAUCGCAUCGUUUGUUGGUCCUGACAGUUCUGGCAUAGAGUAAAAACGCCAGCCGUAUCAACUAGAAAAAUAAGUAUCGGGUGAGGAGACCAGCGAAUACUGCAGAGGCGGAGCAGAUCGAACGGUUGUUAUUUUUGUAAUCGUCUUGCAUCGAUUUCAUGCAGUUUCCACCAUUGAUUGCCAAAAUUGGGUCGUCCAUCUCAACUAAGGGAACGCCUUCAGCAUAAUAAAAUUGGGUCGUCCAUCUCAACUAAGGGAACGCCUUCGGCGUAAUAAAAUAUACCUUAAUAGUAAGAGUAAAAAUUAAGUUAAAACACAAAAGUUAAAUAUUGUUUGCCUGGGAGAGAUAGGAAGAGCGAACGCAGGGAAAAAAACCGUGGAAGGAGUAGCGCGCUGAACUCUAAGCCGCCCAUUUUUCUUAGCUUUGCUGAAUAGCCUCCGUCGUUGUAUGUACAUUUGGCCGUAGCUCCUUCUUCCCGGCGACAGGAUUAAAAAUCCUGCAUUGGAGUAGUGGAGGAGAGAAAUGGCAGAAGAGGCGGUUCUAGAGUAUUUGCAGACUCACGAGGAGAUUGUAGAUUCGGGAGAGUUCGCAGAUUCAAAAGGUCUGGAGCAUUCGGAUCUUCUAAGCGUCAUUAAGAGCCUCAAUGGCUUCCGACUUGUCGAUGCCGAGGAUAUAAAGAGGGAAAAGUGGAUUCUUACUGAAGAAGGUCAGGCAUAUGCCAGUUCAGGGUCACCUGAAGUACAGUUUUUCUUAGCCAUUCCACCAGAAGGGAUUUCCCGUGAAGAGCUACAGAGGAGGGUGGAUGGGUCCUUAUACAAAAUAGGAAGCUCGCAAGCUAUGAAAAACAAAUGGGUGGAGCUUGGCAAACUUCUGGUGUCUCGGAAGGUUGAAAGUGUGGAAGACCGAGUUAGGGAGCUAUUGAUCAAAAUAAAGGAAGGGGAAGGCAAGGAUGUAGAUUUGAAGGACAUUGAUGCUUUGAAGAAAAGAAAACUAAUUGCUUUGCAGACUUGGAAGGGUUACUCCUUAAGAAAGGGUCCAAACUACGCUCCAAAAAGAAUGAAGGCAGCAACUGAUUUAACCCGGGAGCAAUUGCAAAAAGGUAAUUGGCAGGAGUUGGAGUUCAAAGAGUACAACUUCAACGCUCUUGGGCAACCUACUGAAGGUGGCCAUCUACAUCCUUUGCUUAAGGUACGGCAACAAUUCAGAGAAAUCUUUCUAGAAAUGGGAUUUGAAGAGAUGCCGACAAAUAACUUUGUUGAGAGUAGUUUCUGGAACUUUGAUGUUCUUUUCCAACCACAGCAGCAUCCAGCUCGAGAUUCACAUGAUACCUUUUUCCUGAAAGUUCCUGCAUCUACUCAAAGAUUGCCUGAAGAUUAUUUAGAAAGGGUGAAAAAAGUGCAUGAAUCCGGUGGCUAUGGAUCUAAAGGAUAUGGAUAUGAUUGGAAGAGGGAAGAAGCUGAAAAAAAUUUACUGCGUACUCAUACAACAGCUGUUUCAUCUAGAAUGCUUUACACAUUAGCGCAGAAACCUUUUACUCCCAAACGGUACUUCUCUAUUGAUCGGGUCUUUCGAAAUGAGGCAGUGGAUAGGACACAUCUUGCCGAGUUUCACCAAAUUGAAGGUGUUGUUUGUGAUAGAGGUCUUACAUUGGGUGAUUUAAUUGGUGUCUUGAAUGAUUUCUUUUCUCGUCUCGGAAUGACUAAGAUAAAAUUCAAACCUGCCUACAAUCCUUAUACAGAGCCUAGCAUGGAAAUUUUCAGUUAUCAUGAAGGAUUCAAGAAAUGGGUAGAGGUUGGUAAUUCUGGCAUGUUUCGGCCAGAAAUGCUCCUUCCUAUGGGUCUACCAGAAGAUGUUACUGUCAUUGCAUGGGGUUUAUCCUUAGAAAGACCUACAAUGAUCUUGUAUGGCAUUGACAAUAUUCGUGAUCUCUUUGGGCCCAAGGUGGACCUGAAUCUCAUCAAGAGAAAUCCAAUUAGCCGACUUGGUGUGCAAUAGUAUUCUGGGAAGAUUUCAUCAAUUACUGUGAAAAGAUUCAGUUUUGUCGUGUGAGAUCCAAUAUAAUGAAAUUAACAAUUGAGUGGAAGUACAUUGGAUCUAUGAGUAUCUCUUAAUUUUUUUGAACGGACAAUUCUUGUGAUUGAUGCAGAUAUUCUUAACUUUUUAAGCUUUUGCUGUAUAUGUCAGAUUUUCUACUUGAAGAAAGCAAAUUGCUUGCAGUUCUUUUUAACAGUAGAAAGGUUGUGGUUGUUAGCAAUAUAACUUUAUUUUAUCAGACUAUACUACAUUUGUCAUGUAUAGGCAUGUCUGUUGGAAGAGACACAUGUCUCCCUACAUGCAUGUAUUUAAGGAUCUGUGGAUCCAUCUAUUUAAGAUAUAGACAGAAAACAUCAAUUUAUGCUC